AUUUCACAUUUCUAAAGCACUUUAGAAUCUAAAAUUUAAAUGAAUGUAUACGAUAAGUUUUAUUUUACUAGACACAUUAUUUGUUGGCAAAGUAGUACGACUAUUUCAAAUUUUAACAAUUGCAGUUUGAUUUGAAUAAAUUUAAUUGUUCAUAAUAAGUGCCAGUGAUAAUAACUAAAAUGGAGUUUGGGAGUUAUUACUAUUUCUUGUUCAUAAAUUUAAUUUUGAAAAUUAUUCAGAUUAAUGCAAUUGGACUUCGUUAUACCUCAUUUACAAAUAAAAACUAUUAUAUAGAUUCUGAUCAAAAGUUUAAUUGGUUCGAUGCACAAUAUGCCUGUGCACAAAUGAAUAUGAAUCUGCUGGAGAUAAAAUCGGCAGCAAAAUCACAUGAAAUUAUCAUGGUACUUAGAAAUGCUAGAAUAGAAAAUGUUUGGAUUGACGGGACUUGGACAUUAUAUCCGAGUAGAAACCUUGUUUGGCUGCAUACAGGGGAAAAAUUCAGUUACACUAAUUGGAUAGAUUACAAUCCAGAUUUCUCACGCGGUAAUGAGUUUUGCGUUGAAUUGGUCAAAAGUCAAGAUUACAAAUGGAAUGAUAUCGACUGUACAAAUAGGCGUGGUUUCGUGUGCGAAUACAAAGAAGAAAUGGAAAUUCAGAAUAAAUUUGAAUAUGAAUCACAAUUCCAAAAGGAACAAUUAAAUUUAUUAAAAGACUUAGAAGUAACCGACUGCAAUAACUUACAAGAAGAAAUUAUAGAUUUGAAGGAUAAAGAAAAUGAAUUACUGCUGCAGUUACAUAAUCUUACAGAACAAAAUAUAAAAUUAGAAAACGAUUUAAAAAUGGAAACCCAAAAAUUACAAAAUGAAAUCAAAGAGUUGAAAGAACAAGAAACGAAAAUAAAAGAUCAACAUGAAGUGAAGAUGCAAAAUGAAAUAACGAAACAACAAAUUUUACAGAAAGAAUUGGAAAAUUUACAAAAACAACUUCAAAAAUUGAAAGUAAGCGAUUUAGAAAAACAUCUAAAUAUUGCACAAUUAAUGAAUCGACCACAAAAUGAGAAACAACUUAACGAUACAAAUGGGCCAAAUAAUAUUUAUGUUUAUUCACCAUACUUUAUAUUUUUGAAUAGUGUUAAUAAUUCUACCGAUAAUUAAAUAUUUAAAAUAAAUAAAUAUAUUUUUUUUGUCUAAAA